AUGAAAGGGUUCAUUUUUUUGCACACCCUGUUGUUGCUGGUUGGCAUGCAGGAAAUGAGGGCUGAGCGUGUGUACCCCCAACGCGGAGGGAAUAUUCACGUGAGGAGGGCCCCACAGGGUGAAAGGAAAAGGGCGUACAUAAUAAAUGUGAAAAGAGGGAGUGUGCAGGAUGGUAGAGGGAAACGGGAGAGGUGGUCUGGGCGGAUAAAAUUUAGGAAGCGGGAGGACCUCGCAUGUGGGGCGAAAGGUAGUGACUGUGCUGCAAGUGGUAGGGGCAGCAAACAUGCCCUUAACGCCGCUAACGCCGCUAGCAUGGACAGCACAGAUAGCAUGACGAGCGGCGGAGGUGACCCGGCCCCCAUGAACGUGGCCAUCUUCGGCAGCAGCGGGAGCAUCGGUACGAACGCGCUGGACAUCAUUCGCGAGUGCAACAGAAUCAAAAAGCGCUUCAACGUGGAAGCCUUAUAUGUUAACAAAAGUGUGAAUAAAUUGUAUGAACAGGCAAGGGAGUUUUUGCCAAAAUAUGUGUGCAUCCACGAUGAGUCCAAAUAUGAAGAGUUAAAAGAUUUGUUAAAAAAUAUAAAAGGUUACACACCAGAGAUAUUGGUAGGGGAUGAUGGAAUGAAAGAAAUGUGUAAGAGUAGUACACUGGAUAAAGUUGUAAUCGGGAUAGACUCGUUCCAUGGUUUAUAUUCAACCAUAUAUGCAAUUAAAAAUAAUAAAAUUAUUGCAUUAGCAAAUAAGGAGUCCAUUGUGUCUGCAGGAUUUUUUCUCAAAAAAUUAUUAACAGUUCAUACAAAAGCGACUAUCAUUCCAGUGGACUCAGAACAUAGUGCAAUUUUCCAAUGCCUAGAUAAUAACAAAGUGUUAAAGACAAAAUGUUUACAGAAUGAUUUUUCCACAGUAAAUCAAAUAAAUAAAAUAAUUUUAUCUUCGUCAGGUGGCCCAUUUCAAAAUAUGUCUCUUGAUAAAUUGAAAAAAGUAACCUCAGCAGAUGCCCUCAAACAUCCCAAAUGGAAAAUGGGACCAAAAAUAACCAUCGACUCUGCAACGAUGAUGAACAAAGGACUAGAGGUCAUUGAAGCUCAUUUCCUAUUUGAUAUAGAUUAUAAUAAUAUUGAAAUUGUUGUUCAUAAAGAAUGUAUACUUCAUUCGUGUGUGGAAUUUAUUGACAAAUCUGUUAUAGGGCAAAUGUAUUAUCCUGAUAUGAAGAUACCAAUCCUGUUUGGUUUGAGUUGGCCUAAUAGAAUUGACACAGACUUACCCUCCCUUAACUUGGUGAAUACAUCUCCGCUCACAUUUUACUCCCCCUCACUAGACCAUUUCCCUUGUAUUAAACUGGCUUACCAUGCAGGUAGGAAGGGGAACUUUUACCCAACUGUCCUCAACGCUGCGAACGAGGUGGCCAAUAAACUUUUUUUGAGUAACAAGAUUGGCUACUUUGAUAUUGCGGCCAUAAUAUCGGAAGUCCUGGAGUCCUUUACUCCACAGGCCGUCUCGAACAACUGCGAGGAUUUGAUGAACCAAAUUGGGGACAUUAGCAACUGGUCCAUGCGCAGGGCCACGGAGGUGUACCAGGCGCGCUCUGGCGCGGCGCCGUGA